GCGAAUACAAAGAUAGAUGCUUGCAGUACUGUCGGUACCCGACCGAUACGCACAGUACCGUGUGAAUUUUACCCGCAUAUACACAACGGUUUUUAGCUACGAAUGACAACGAAAAAACACAUUUUAAAUAUAUUUUCUGACUGAAAAGUACUAGUAAAAAUGGAAACCUUGCUUCACGAAGCCUGUAAAGUACCAGGAGAGGACUCUAGUUCGGUUCUUGAUAAGAGUAGUGUUGUUAAAGUUAGUGAAAGUACUACCGGUGAUGCGCUAGUUAUAUGUAACGGUAGCAGAGAAGAAACCGAGAGAUGCUUGGAGGUGAAGGAUGGUGCUAUUUCGAAUGGUACUGUGUUCAAUAUGCAACCUUCUGACGCGCCGAUUGACAUCAGGUUCGAGGAUAUCAGUUUUACAGCAACUGAAGGAGGAAUACUGCAAAGAAAAAGUAAAAAGCUAAUUCUGCAUGAUGUUAACGGUAGAUUUCCAUCCGGACAGCUAAUAGCCAUCAUGGGGCCAUCAGGGGCUGGUAAAAGUACCCUGCUUAAUGUUCUCAGUGGAUACAGCAUACAAGGGGUAGGAGGGAAAGUAUACAUCAAUGGAAACCCUAGGAAACUGAAGGCUUUUAGGAAACUGUCGUGUUAUAUCACGCAAGACGACAGGUUGCAACCUCUUUUGACAGUUAACGAGAACAUGCACAUAGCGGCAGACCUCAAGCUGUCGUCUAGUGUUAGUCAGAAACAAAAACAAGUAAUUAUAGACGAAAUACUGAACACUUUGAGUCUUUCCCACACCAAAGCCACCAGAGCCUCUGGCCUAUCGGGUGGUCAAAAAAAGCGACUCUCCAUAGCCUUAGAAUUAGUAAAUAAUCCACUAGUCAUGUUUUUGGAUGAACCUACAACGGGAUUGGACAGUUCUUCUUGUAAACAAUGUCUAGAACUACUGAAAGUACUUGCAAGACAAGGAAGAACCAUAGUAUGCACGAUCCAUCAACCCUCAGCAAAACUGUUCGAAAUUUUCGAUCAGGUCUACGUUUUGGCUAAGGGAAGGUGCCUUUACCAGGGUGGUACAGAAAGAAUGGUGUCCUUUUUCAGGGAUGUUGGUUUCCCAUGUCCCGAAUUUCACAACCCAGCAGAUUAUGUUAUAGAAUUAGCUUCCGAGGAAUAUGGUCCAGAAAAAAUAGACACCAUGGUGACUAAAAGCGAAAAUGGUAAAAGCCUGACAUAUUUUCAAUAUCCAGAGAAACUACUGAAGACAGGAAGUACUGGCAGUGCGAUAUUUGAAGACGAUUCAGGUGAACUACAAGCCACUUCAAAGUUGAAUCAACUCCGAGUUUUGAUGAGAAGAGGUUACAUAAAACUGAAAAGGGAUCAGACAAUGACUUACAUGAGGAUUGGAGUAAAUAUAAUAACAGCCCUGAUGUUAGGAACGUUAUACCUAAACGCUGGCACAGAUGGUUCUAAAGUACUUGACAACUACAAUUUAUUAUUUUCCAUACUUAUGCACCAUACCUUCACACCAAUGAUGUUGACGAUCUUAACUUUCCCUACCGAACUAAGCAUUCUGAUCAAGGAACAUUUUAACCGAUGGUACUCGUUGAAAAUGUACUACGUUUCUGUCACGCUGAUUGAUCUACCAUUAUCAAUAUUCUGCUGUUUUAUUUUCACAACCAUUGUGUACUAUAUGACAGCACAGCCGCUUGAAAUCGUCAGGUUUUCGAUGUUCUUUGUUAGCAGCGCUUUGGUAGUUUUUGUAGCUGAAAGUUUUGGACUUGUAGUGGGUGCCUACUUCAGUGUAGUGAAUGGUACUUUCCUUGGUCCAAUCCUCACAGUACCCAUGAUGAUGUUUGCUGGUUUUGGAGUUAGUCUGAAAGACUUACCAACAUACUUGUAUUGGGGAAGCUACGUCUCCUAUCUUCGAUUUGGUUUGGAAGGAGUGGUUGGAGCUAUAUUCGGUUUAAACAGGCAAACGUUGGACUGUCCUGAAGAACAAUAUUGUCAUUAUAAAUACCCCAAGAAGUUCCUUGAAGACAUCGCUGUCAAACCAGACCAAUUCGGCAAUGAUGUCAUUGCUUUGGUGCUGUUUUGGUUUAUUUUGAGAAUAGGAGCCUUUGUUGUGCUAAAAUACAAAUUACAUUCAUUACGUUAGUGAUUUUUUUUACUUUAUUAAAUUACAUUAUGGGACAAAAUUAAAUAUAGUGCCUAAAUGACAAAAAUAUCGUAUAAAAAUAGUUGUAUUUAUAUAAAUUAUUAAUUUUUUAAUUAAGGUUGACUUUAGUUUGUUUAAGUUGUGUUUUAAGUAAAAAAAAUAGAAAAAAGGGACAUUCAAUGCAGUAGAUUAGAAAUACUAGACUUUAAAAUGUAUAUAUUAGUAUUAGUUCCAUAAUAAUGUUUUAAAUAUCGUGACCAUAUAUGAAAUGUGAUAUUAUUUUUUUUGUUAAUGCCAUUUUUCAUUGAUUAAUUUUCUGUUUGAGGCUGUGUUGUUGAUUUUUUUUUGUUGAUACAGAGGUUGUAAUAUAGUUUUUGUAUUUACUUA